CAGUGUGUGUGUGUCAGGGUGUGUGUGUCAGGGUGUGUGUGUCAGGGUGUGUGUAUCAGGGUGUGAGGCGUGACGCCAUCAGCAGUCGGGUCGGUCCAGAGCAGCGUUUCCUCAUCUUCAGAGCAGAAGCUCCAGAGUCUCUUCAUGAUGAAGGUCGGGUCGUCUUCCUCCAGAGUCCUGCUGCUGCUGCUGACCCUCUGGGCUGCAGGAAGCAACGCACAGCUUAGUGUUUGCGGCAAAGCGCCGCUCAACACGAGGAGCGACACGCGGAUCGUGGGCGGCCAGAGCGCGGCGGCCGGGGCGUGGCCGUGGCAGGCCCGGCUGGAGAUCCAGGGGGGGCUGUGUGGAGGAUCCCUCAUCAGCAGCCAGUGGGUUCUCUCUGCCGCGCACUGCUUUAAGAGCACCAGCACGUCGGGCGUGACCGUUUCCCUCGGCCUUCAGAGUCUGGCGUCCUCCGCUAACCUGGUGUCCCGCGGCGCCAAGCAGAUCAUCGUCCAUCCGGACUACAACUCCAACACAAACGACAACGAUGUGGCCUUGGUGCAGCUGUCCGCCGCUGUGACCUUCACCAACUACGUCCGACCCGUCUGCCUGGCCGCCGACGGCAGCGUCUUCCCGUCCGGACUGGACUGCUGGGUCACCGGCUGGGGGACCCUCAGAGAGGGCGGCAGCACUUCUCAGACACUGCAGGAAGUGGACGUUCCCAUCGUGUCCAACAGCGACUGCAGCCCCUCCUACAGCUCGUUAACAAACAACAUGCUCUGUGCCGGUCUAUCCAGCGGAGGGAAGGACUCCUGCCAGGGAGACUCCGGUGGACCUCUGGUCACCAAAAACGGGACGGUGUGGGUCCAGGCCGGCGUGGUGAGCUUUGGGACCGGCUGCGCCCAACCCGGCUUUCCGGGAGUUUACACCCGAAUUUCCAACUACCAGACCUGGAUCAACAGCCAGGUGAGCGGCGAGCAGCCGGGAUACGUCAGCUUCCAGGGCGCCGCCAGUGCUGCUCGGCCGCUGGCCGCGUCGCUGCUGGCCGUCCCCACGCUCUGCCUCGCUCUGCUGCUGUCCUGAGCUCCAGAACCGGAGCGGUGACGGCUGAUUAUUAACCAAACUGCUGUAAACAGAAACAAUUCUUUAUUUAUGGAAAAUUCUUAACAUUGAGAAUCAUUAAUGUCAUAAAAAUCACCAAAAACUUGUUUAAAACGUGGGGGGCUUAUUUUGAUUUCCAUAAAUUAAAAUGAGUCCAAACUUUUUAUCAAAACUUUAAAACCCCAAUUUAAUCUUUAAAUAAUUAAUUUAAAUAUUUUUUUAGGUUAGGGUAACCUUCACCAUAGUGACUAAAGUAUUCAUAAUAAAGAUUUAAAUAUGUUUAAAAACGAUAAGAAACUUUAACUCCUUCCUGUCCUGAUCAUCAGAAAAAUGUGAUUUUAUUAAAUCUUUACGGUUUGCAUGGUAAUAAAGUGUCAAAUUUAAAUGUUAUUUUCUGUUUCUUGGCUCGAAACUCAGGAUUCAGUCAGAAAAAGGUUUAAAGGUUUUGCUGUUGAAUGUUUUGCACAAAUUUUACAUGAUGUAAAACUGAUGAAGUUUUUAGUUUCUGAUUGUUUUUGUUUGUAAACCUUUACUGUGAUUUAUUAUUAAAUGAAGUUUUCAUGUUUGUGUCUUGAUAAAAAUUCUCAGGGAUCAGCUUUUCUCUGGUACUAUAUGAAGUAAAUUAAUCUGUUGGACUCUCCGGGUGCCUGGUUCUUAAUAAAGGAAACAAAUGAUC